AUGUCAGAAAAGCUCAAAGAAGCCGUGCUUGCGGAGGCCAAAAAUACCCAAGCGGUCGCUCAGGAUGUGGUCACAUCCGGCGCAUGGCUCUAUCCAUUCAAGGGAAUUUUCUUCUUCGCAACCCAUAAAGAACUUUGGCGUCCUUUUAUCUCCCGCGCCGGGCGGACAAUGACCCUUGGACUGGGCGUCACAAGCGCCAUGUUCUUCUUCACCUACGUGCCGCAGAUGGCCAUCAUGGCGUUCACCAGCGGCCCAUUGGCUGCUAUUUCCGCAGCGGUCUUAGUCCUAGGUGAAAGCUCGACUAUAGCAAACGUUCUCUCGCGCGCACUUCUCGUCGAGGAUGCCCUGAUCGACACCUUCGAUGGUACCCUCGUCGCACGCGAUCAAGAACCCCUUGUCUCCCAAGGACGUCAAAUCAAAGCCCGGUCAGGCGGAAAAGAUGCAAUGGCUAGAUUGGGUAAGGUUUUCACUCGGCCUCUCUCGCGCCUCAACCCAAGGGCGCUGCUACGUUCGUUGCUCUAUCUGCCCCUGAACUUAAUUCCUGUGGUCGGAACCGUCUUGUAUAUCUUCAUGCAGGGGAAAAAGGCAGGGCCAGGACUUCAUGUCAGAUAUUUCCAGCUCAAGGGCUGGAAUUACACAGAGCGCGAGGAGUGGGUGAAGAAUAACAGGGGAGGAUACACUGGUCUUGGAAUCACUUCCUUUAUGUUGGAAAUGAUUCCAUUUGCCUCGAUCGUGUUUUCGUUCACCAACACAGUCGGCGCUGCUCUGUGGGCUGCGGAUUUGGAAAAAGCAACCAAGUAA